AUGAAAAGUGUUAAUUCAUUUAUUCCUGAAGAAAGAGCAGAACAUGAUGCAAUUCUUAUUAAUAAAAAACUAUAUUUUCAUGGUGGAUGGCUUUACAAUGGGAUCAUUAAACGCUUCUCUAAUAAUAUAUUAUUCUAUCUUGAUAUUUCAAUACCUUUUACCAUAUCUGAUGAAUCUUUAAUGCCCUGGACAGAUCUUUCUUCAAUUGUAGGUGCAAUAAACCGAACCAGUUCAUCAGCUUGCAUUGAUAAGACCUCUAUUUUUUUUAUUGGCGGGGACUAUCCUGUAAAUAAUCCUUCUAUUACCAAAUUUGAUACUGCAAUACAGCAAUGGAGUAUACCUAGUAUUUCAGGACCAAUACCUUCUUUAAAAUAUGUUCCUUGUGUUAGCUUAGAAAAUAAAAUGUAUAUUUAUGGUGGGAAUACAUCUCUAAGUGUCAUGAAUAAAUUAGAUACUUUAAGUUUAUUAUGGUCCAUAUUACCAUAUUCAAUAUCGUCUAGCAAAACUCAAGGCACUAAUCAACUCGCAUUCAAUGGUUGGAAUUGUCCAAACAAAACAUCUAAUUUAAUGAAAGAGGAAACAUCUGGUCAAAUUCCUUUGGAACGAUGUGGUCAUUCAUCAGUUUUAAUUUCUCAGCACAAUCGGAUUUUAUUGUUUUAUAGUCAACAGGAUAUUUCUGAAGUUUCACCUAUUGACUUGAUACUUCGUCAUUUACUUGAUUGGUUACAUCAUAUGAACCCAAUAAAACCCUUAAACCCCAUACCACCUACAUUAUUUACUCAACCAACUACACCAGUAGCGCCAAAUAAUAUAAACAUUGGCACAAUUACUGGAACCAUAAUUGGAAUUAUAGGACUUAUUAUUAUUAGCAAUAAUUGCUAUUAUCAUGUUUAA